UUCAACUGAACUAUCCAUAGGCUUAAAAACAGAUAAUAGAUUAUGUGUGCCUAUAUUAAACUUUACAACAUUUUCUAAACUUGCUGCUGUAAAUUAUGCUACAGUCUUUGGUGAAAUAGUUUUAGUUAAAUCUAUUCUGAAUGGCAAACAAUUACUUUGUCUCUAUUUUGCACACAUUCCCACAUUUAAUUGGUGUCUGAUUACAGCAAUAAACCCUUAAUUCACUUAAAGCUGGAUAAUCUCGAGUGAUUGUAAGUGUGAUGAUCAUCUGCUAAAUGAGCAACAACGACCACAAUUCACUCCUUCAGUCAGUGAAGCUCCCACAGCCGUUCAUGAGAGUUUAAAUGCUGGGGAAUAUUCCCAUCUUCCCACAGGAGAAGAAGAAGCAAGCAGGAGGAAUUACUCCAGGAGAAACUACGGACAUACUAUUGUAAAGAUGGAGAUUAAGGAAGAACCCUGCAGAAUAAAAGAUGAAGAUACAGAGGAACAAAUAGGUUGGUAUGGAAAUGCAGUCGUUUCAAAGACUGAAAAAAGUUUCAAACAAGCUGAAAAAUCUGGAGUCGAAGGAUCUUUAACCUGUUCUGAGUGUGGAAAGAGUUUUGUAUCUAAAUCAAAGCUGAACAGGCACAUGAAGAUUCACACCGGAGAAAGGCCUUAUACAUGCACUCAGUGUGGAAAGAGUUACAGACAAAAAGGACACCUAAAUGAACACAUGAGAAUUCACACUGGAGAAAGGCCUUAUACAUGCUCUCAGUGUGGAAAGAGUUUCACUCAGAAAAGUCAUCUCAGCACUCAUCUGCGCAGUCACUCUGGAGUGAGAUCAUUCAGCUGUGAUCAGUGUGAUAAAACAUUUGUUUUGGAAUCAGGCUUAAAAAAACACUUUAAUGUUCAUUCUGCUCUGAAGCCUCACUUUUGCUCUGUUUGUGGAAAGAAUUUUUCACAAGUGCAACAGUUAAAAGAGCAUGAGCGUAUUCAUACUGGUGUGAGACCUUAUGUGUGCUCUGACUGUGGAAAGAGGUUUAUUCUAUCCUGCAACUUAAAACAACACCAGAGAAUUCAUACUGGAGAGAAACCGUACAAGUGUUCACACUGUGGAAAGUGUUUCACUCAGUCAGGAAGCCUGAAAAAUCAUGAGAGAGUUCAUACUGGAGAGAAACCGCACCAGUGCUCUUCAUGUGGGAGAAGUUUCAGCCUAUUGACUAAUCUACAACGACAUAAGAAAAAGCUUUGUCUGAAAGUGUCUAAGUGAGCAAUGUUCAGAUCCAUGACUUGAUUUGAUAUUCAG